AUGACGAAAUUAUAUUCUCUGAAUUGUCAUCUAGCAAAAUGGGCAAUCCUCCUAUCACAAUAUAACAUGCAAUUUAUACCCCAGAAGGCUGUUAAAGGUCAGGCUCUAGCAGAUUUUCUAGCCGACCAUCUGGUAUCUGAAUCGUCCAAAUUUUAUGAAGAUUUACCAGAUGAAGUUGCCGAAGCUUGUGCAACUCAAGAAGUUAUACAAGUAUGGAAAUUGUUCUUUGAUAGUGCAUCUAGAGCAAACCCUAAUAGAGGAAUCAUUGCUGGUGUGGGGGUGAUACUUGUAUCCCCAGGUGGUCAUGUAAUCCCAAGAGGAUUCUCUCUAAUCGAGCCAUGCACUAACAAUGUAGCAGAGUAUAAUGUUUUGCUACUAGGGAUGCAGUUAGCCGAAGAGCUUAACAUUCGACACCUCGAGGCUUACGAGUUAGCUCAGAAGUUUGAAGGCUUCUUCAUUGAAUACAUCCCACGAGCCCAGAAUACAUAUGUGGAUGCUUUAGCCUCGUUGGUAACUUCUCUAGCAUUGCCACCAAAAGAAGAGAUGAUGAUAUUCGUCAUGGGCCGUGACUUGUACCACCCCAAGCUUCCCUUAGAACAUUGCUCAAAUGAGACUACAGCGGAGAUCGCGUGUGCAACUUCAAUUGAACUGGAACCAAGAGAUUGGCGAUUCCCAUAUAUUGACUAUGUCUUGUACGGGAUACUACCCGAUGAUGCUAAAGAAGUGGCCGCUAUUAAACGGAAGGCUCUUCGAUUCUAUUACGAUGCGAUCUCUCAAACCUUGUACCAUAAAUCACAUGAUGGAGUCUUACUUCGUUGCCUCUCUAGAAGAGAAGCACAAGAGGCUCUUAAAGAAGCUCAUGAUGGAAUGUGUGGGGCUCAUCAACCUAAAGCUAAGUUAGGAGACCGUCUCCGAUGA